CUUCUUAACGACGAGGGUCUCUCGAUUAUAGACAUCACUGAAUCUGCUGCGGAUAUCAGUGAUGUUUACUCUCCGGCAGCUUCGUUUCAUGAGCCAGAUCUCACACCAGAGUCAUCUCUAUCUGUUUUGGAGAGGGAACAGCGCCGUCGCAAACGAGAUCACAUCUUGGACAUGUUUGAAGAAGAGGAACGAUUACAAUUGGAAAGAGACGAAACAGAGGAAAGGGAGAAGUGGAUAGAGGAUAUACAUAAGCGCAAGGAGGCCGCGAAUUUUUUUGCCAAUCCCAGCUCGCCGGAUGAAUCAUCGCAACACAGGUCUUAUACUUCGGGCAGUGACUCCGAUGACGAAUCGGAUGAGGGCCUGCUGGAAGAGGAAUUUGAUUGGGAUUCUGCCCAGCACCACCGAGAAGUGGCCCUGGAGUAUUAUAAGAAGCGUCAUGUUAUUGGUGUAGAGGCUGCCCGAGCGAUGACUUCGCACACGCACGACGAUGAAGAAUCGAACCAAGGGGAUAUUACCCCAAAUCAACGCCCGAAACCCAGUGUGUCGCGCUUCAGGGCUGAUCGUAUGGCCGUGACAUAUGACAAAUCUACCUCUACUUCGCUUGGUCCAUCACUUAUCCCGGCCUCUCGACAAAAAUCCUUGCAAGAAGCUAUCAGGUUGGGAAAAGUUGAAAAUAAUCAUCUUGUUGGCGGCGAGGAGGGAGAAAGCGGGAGCGAGGAUGAGGCUGUCCGAGAGGUCUUGGAACUUCUGAGUAAUGGCCGCAUCCAUGACGCUGGUCGCGGCGUCAUGCGCUAGACCAUGACAGAAUUAAGUGCAGGUUCUGCGGAGAGCGUGGCAGACGCAGUCACCAGCGUUCCGGGAGGAAAUAUAUCUAGGUUCAAAAGAGAGGAUGUAGGAUGUAUUCACAGGUGUUUGAAGUAUAAUGACAUAGGGUAUUGGCACGGUGGGCUCACGUCCUUUCUUCAUGAGGUUUGGUACAGGAUGUCUUAAGAGGUGACUUAUCGACAUCAAAGCACUUAUUCAGAAUCAAUUUGGCACAACAUCCAGAUG